AUGACAGAUUUGUUAUCAACGCUUUAUGUCUCACUGGUCGCUGGAGGAACUGCAGGAGCUGCAGUGGAGACUAUCAUAUUCCCCUUUGACUCAAUAAAAAUAAGACUUCAAGCCAACUCUAACUUGAAGUUCAAGUUUUCCAAUGCCUACAAAGGGCUUCCUUACUCGUUAGCAGCCACUUUUCCUUGUGCAGCAGCAUUUUGGACAAGCUACUCAAUGCUUAAGAACUAUUUAAACCAGUAUGUCUCUUUGCAGCUUUCUCAUACUAUUUCUGCGAUGGUCGCCAGUGCGUGCUCAGGGAUUGUGAGAAAUCCGUUUGAUGUCGUGAAACAGCAAAUGCAGGUAGGAAUUCAUGGAUAAGGUAAAUUAUUAAUUUUUUAAUUUAAUAAAAAUAAACUCUAAAAUCAUACUUAUUCAAUUAAAUAUCCCACCCAGAAUUCAUACUAAAACAUCUUCAGCAUUGAGCAGAGUACUCCAACGUCAAGGUUUUAAAGGCUUAUGAAUUGGCACUGCUACUGCAAUAUAUCGUGAUAUCCCUUUUAACAUUAUCCAAAUGAUUGUAUAUGAAUGGCUUAAUGGCAAAGAUUAUGGCGGAAAAGAUCCAACCAUAUUUCAGCACUUACGUAAUGGUGCCAUAGCAGGAGGUAUUGCAGCCUUUUUAACAACUCCUAUAGAUCUCGCUAAGACUAAAUUAGUGACAGAUGGAGGUAAAGGUGAAUAUCUCGCAUUGACGCAGACACUCAAAAAAAUUUACAAGGAAGGCGGAUUACCUGGACUCUGACUAGGCUGGAAAUAUAGAACGGUCCUAACCAUGGCUGGAGGAAUGAUGUUUUUCGGAAGCUUUGAAACAUUAAAAAGUCAUAUAAAAGAUAAUAAACUGCUUAAAAUUGAUUUUUUCACAAUAAAAUUAUUCUGCAGCUCUAUUUUAUAAUAAAAAUUUUUUAUUUAUUUUUAGCCAAUUAACAAAAAAUGCAAUAAAUAUUAA